AUGGCAGUAAGACCUCCACCUUCCAAGUCCUCUACUAUAUAUGUGCCACUUAGACCUAUCAUGAAGCCAACCAUAUCCAACAGACCAAUUAGGAGGAGAAACGUUAAGAGGCCACCACCAUUACAACCUUCUCCCCUCAGACCUGUCCCACCACAACCUACUUCCAUAACGCCUACCACACCACAACCUUCUGAUGUUAGGCCUACACCACCUACUAACCAACCUCCUCCAAGAGUUACCAGACAAACAAUACAUUGUGCAAGUCGAGGAACCACUACAAGAUUUAUGCAAUUCAUGCCAACCCCACCAUCCACAAUUCAAACAGCAAGCAGAUGGCCAGUACCUGGGUUUCGCCCACCAACAGGAGCAUCUUCAAGUGGCAACCAUAAUGGGGUUCUAGUGGCAGCAGCAACUCCACACCCAACAAAUAGAAUUUUCUAG